UCCCGCGGGUGCGCCUGAGCCUCCGCGCCCCGCCGCCCCGGGGCCAGAGAUGAUGAUCCCACCAGGGGAGUGCACGUAUGCUGGAAGGAAAAGAAGAAAGCCGGUUCAGAAACAGAGGCCCGCCACGGGGGCCGAGAAGUCAAACCCUUCCAAGAGGCACCGGGACCGCCUCAAUGCCGAGCUGGACCACCUGGCCAGCCUGCUGCCGCUUCCUCCCGACAUCGUGUCCAAGCUAGACAAGCUCUCUGUCCUGCGUCUCAGCGUCAGCUACCUCAGGGUGAAGAGCUUCUUCCAAGCUGUGCCGAAGGGCCCACGGCAGCUGGCGGUCAGUGCCCCCUCCCCCGAAGACCGCGGUCUGAGCGCAAGAUCUGCCGUGCUGGAGGGAAGGCUGCUGCUGGAGUCUCUCGAUGGCUUUGCCCUGGUCGUGAGUGCAGAAGGCAUGAUAUUUUAUGCUUCAGCAACAAUCGUGGACUAUCUGGGCUUCCACCAGACGGAUGUGAUGCACCAAAACAUUUAUGACUAUAUCCACGUGGAUGACCGCCAGGACUUCUGCCGGCAGCUCCACUGGGCCAUGGACCCUCCCCAGGUGGUGUUUGGCAGCCCCUGCACACAGAGACAGGUGGGUCUUUGGGUCUUCUGUGGGUCUAACCAAGACUUGGAGCAGUUCGUGUAAACAUGUGGAUGCCUCUGAGAAAUUUCCAUCAUGCUUUCUCAUCUGCCUUUGCUUCACAUUGAAUGCAGUGCCUGACAUUUCUCUCCUUCGGGGACCCCCUCCCACACACCCCUCCCCU